GUGAACUCAGCGUCGUCAGAGGAAAGUUUACAGCGGCUCAGUUCAGCGGAAGUGAACUGCGGUGAACAGGUGUCAGCAGCUCUGUUGUUGUGCGACUCGCUGUAAAGUAAAGUUUGAGCAGAGGACACAGAGUUUGAAUCGGUCAGAAGAGUUCCAACAUGUCGAGCCUCCGACCCAGACUGUGCAAGCUGGAGAAAGAAUCCAGCGGCUACGGAUUCCACCUGCACGGGGAGCGGGGCAAGACCGGCCAGUUCAUCCGGCUGGUGGAGCCCGACACCCCGGCCGCCGCGGCCGGGCUCCUCGCCGGCGACCGGCUCGUGUUCGUGAACGGGGAGAACGUGGAGGGCGAGAACCACCAGCAGGUCGUCGCCAGGAUAAGAGCCACCUCCGGGGCUCUGGAGCUCAUCGUGGUGGACGCGGAGACCACCGAGCUGCUGAAGAAACACGGGCUGCAGUGCCGGAAAGAGUUCGCCACGGAGGGGAUCCCUCUGCCCGGCGGGGACGGCGACUCGGAGCGGGCGGACGCACAGAGCAACGGCACCCCGAGGGAGUCCAGCCCUGUCCCGCGGGAGAACGGGGACACGUCCUCGGAGAGGCUGAGUGUCAGCUCCAGCAACAAGGAUGAGAAAAGUGAGCUGCGGCCUCGUCUCUGCCACAUGAAGAAGGCAGCUAACGGCUACGGCUUCAACCUGCACAGUGAGAAGACUAAACCGGGCCAGUUCAUCAGAGCUGUGGACAAAGACUCCCCAGCGGAAAGUGCCGGACUCAGACCACGGGACAAGAUCAUCCAGGUUAAUGGAGUGUCUGUAGUCGGAAUGCAGCACUCAGAGGUGGUCGGAGCCAUCAAGGCCGGAGGAGAGCAGACCCAGCUGCUGGUGGUCGAUGCUGAGACUGAAGCGUUCUUCAACAGAUGCAAUGUUCUGCCCACUGAGGAACACCUCACUGGACCUCUACCAGAGCCAGUGUCAGACAGAGCAGCAUCAGGGGAUGAAGAGGCGGUGACCAGGCCUCACGCGCAGGUGAGCCCGACAGCUUCCAGUGCCUCCUCCGAAACCUCCCUGUCAGCAGCGACCAACAGCUCCCCACCUCCAGAGGUUGAGAGAGCUCCAGAGCAGGGUGACAAGCUGGGUCAGAUGUCAUUGGCUCAGGCCAGAGAACAGGCCCAUAAGAAACGAGCUGCCAAGAAAGCCCCGCCCAUGGCCUGGAGCAAGAGGAACGAACUGUUCAGCAACUUGUAAACAUCAUCUUCAUCAUCAUCAUCGUCAGUUCAGUCUCCUCGUCCGUCGUGACUCCGCAGAGAUAAUCAGCCCGCCUUCUCUCUGGAUUUUGCUUUUUUUUUUUUAUCACACUGUGAAUGAAUGACAGUUUUUAUUUAGAACAUUUUAAACUCCCGUGUUGGAACAGUAUUAUUUGAUGAUUCUGUUGGUUUGAUUGAGGCUUUUUUCCCCAUUUGAAAUGUCACUGUCACACACAGGAAUGAAUGUUAAUAUAUUAAGAAGAAUGUUGGAGAGCGAGAGAAUAGUAAUGUACAGUUUCUCUUUCUAAAAAAA